AUGAUGAGGCCGACGGCUGCAGGUACGAUAAAUUCACCUCACUGACCAAUAGAUCCCAGCACGCGACAGUGGGGAUAUGGAUCGUCCACCAAGGAGCGCUUGCUGUGUCCUUCUUUGUUCAGAGAGAGGGUCAGGGAGAGGAGGGCGUCGGUGGUGCUGGCGACGGCUGAUCAGGAGGGGCCAAGCGCGGGCCGGUCAGAGGGAGAAACAAAAGGGAACUGAGGUGUCAACGCAGUCGUUCUGACGGCUUUAUGUGCUGCACUCAGAGCUUUUGAAGAGCUACAGAUUGGGAAAGAAGCUUGCCGAGGGCGGCUUCUCCCGAUCCUACACGGCCACGCCGAAGACCCCAAGCCGCUGUGGGAUGACUACCCAGAAGGUAAGAGGACAAUAUAUUAAGGAAUGCGUGCAAGAUCGGGCGUCUACAUGUACUUGGCUGUGCUUGCAGGUCGUUGUUAAGGUCAUCAAGAUAGACGAGAACGCCGAGCAGAAGAGGGAGAGAUGGGAUACCAAUCGUUGUCUCAGGUGAAGGCUACAAUGCCUCGCCGCACGCACAUCCGAUGGCUUUCGUCUUCGCAUUCGGCUGUAUGUGUGUAUGUAGAUUCAUGAAGGGCCGGCGGCACAUCGUCUCCGCGAUGACGCCAGACGAGAUCGACCAGGAGCUCAAGCUGCUCCAUCUCGCUCAGCACGGCCAGAACGGCGACAACGACGGCCACCCCAACAUCGUGAAGGUGCAUGACGUCUACAGAGACGACUUCUCAUGCUACAUUGGUCAAUAAGAAGAGCCAGGCGUCGCUGCAGAUUGUCGUGGGUGGAAUGUCGGUCUUUGUGCCCCUGAUUUCCUCUUACCUACCUGCUGUUCAGUGAUGGACCAGUAUGUCGAGGACCUCUAUGACUUCGAGGCCUCGGAGUUGCCUGAGGAGCGGCUUGCUGAGAUGACGGCCGACAUGGUGCGAGCUGUGCAGCACCUGCACAGCAACGACAUCAUCCAUCGGUGAGGCAGACAGACAGGUGCCUGCAUUUGCGCUCGAAUCUCUCUCUCUCUGUGUGUGUGUGUGUGUUUUCUCUGUCAGAGACAUCAAGUGCGACAACUUCUUUAUAGCCGACGACGGUCGCGUCGUUCUGUCGGACUUCGGCGUCUCGAUGGAGACGACGUGCGAGGAGGCGGGAAUCCACAGCGAGGAAAUGUAAGAGGCAUGCUCUUCUUUGUCUAUUCAUUCGCAUGAGUUGUUCUGUGUGCAGCGUCGGAGUCAACGAAUACCGGCCGCCAGAGGUGUGGAGGGAUGAUUUUGGGAAGAAGGCGGACAUGUGGAGCCUCGGUGAGUGAUCGGUAGCACUGGUCCAUUCCUUGCCUGCUCGCCUGUCUGUCUGUCGCACUGCUGCAUGCAAUCGUGGGUGGAUGUAGGCGUCGUCCUCUACAAGAUCGGCAGCGGUUUUCUCCCAUUCAACGGUGGAUGGACAAACCAGCAUUGGGAGGCAAGAUGUCACCCUAACCCUUAUUUGUUGUUUGCGGUAGGGCAAGACGAGACAAGACUGCGCAAGAUUAUCGAGAAGCGCCUCUGCACCUGGAAGGCGCUGCACAGGCAGACACCGCCAGAGUUCGUCGACCUUGUUCAGAAGCUGCUCGUCCCGGGUUAUAUAAACACAUGAAUGAUCGGCACAGGCUAUAUGCAACUCAUCCCCCUUGUCCCUUGUGUGUAUUUAUCCAUCCAUCGUACAGAUCCCAAGAAGCGCUUGUCCGCCGCUGAGGCCUUGGAGCAUCCCUUCAUUCAGCAUGUGGCGCCACGCGAGCAACAGGACCAAACCAGCGGGGACAGACGAGGGAGAGGGCGAGAGGGCGGGAGAAGUGCUGCAGCUGCUGCAGGUGGUAAGCAAAUCGACGUCUUCCUUCUGUCUGUCAAGCAAUAAUUGUUCUCGCCUGCCUGCAUGUCAGGGUGGCUGCUGUUGAGUGAGGACGACCACAAAGAGGCGGCCGCAGCUGCUGCUGCUGUUGGCGGCAGGGCGGACAGUGAGGACGACUACGGAGAGGCAAAGGGCAUCCGCAGGCUCAACUGCGGCUGCCCGUGCUUCUGGUGGGUGCGGGCGUGCGGCCGUCUUUUCAGGCGCCGCAGAAGGGGCGGGGAGACAUUAAUGGCCAGCGAAGAGGGCGACUGA